AUGGGUUUCUUUUCUAGCUCAAGGCGCGCCGAUUCCUUCAUUGCGGCCGGCACAGUCUCACUAAUCUAUGCCGUUGACGAAACUACUGCCAUCAAACUCCGUCCCUCGUCAGGGGAGUCCAAGCUCCAGGCCUAUGACAUUGAAGUUCGCUCUUACAAGCAACUUGGACACCAUGAACGCAUUGCAUCGUGUGAAGUGUCUAACGAAGGUCUCCUACUAGAACGUGGUACUUGUCUUCGGCGCAUACUCAAGAGUGCCAGCGAGUCUCCCAUUCCUUUGGCUACGAAGCUUCGGUGGGCGCAGGAAGCCGCAGAUGGUCUUUCAUAUAUCCAUAGCAAGGAAAUCAUCCAUGCAGAUGUUGGUUGCCACAAUUUAAUCGUGAACAGUGCCUGUCACAUCAAGUUUAUCGACUUCGGUGGCUCCGGCAUCGACGGCGAAGCCCCGUUAGUCUGCUACGAGUGGUGUAGCUUUCAGGCUGGUAAUGAAAUCGGCAUAUACACAGAUAUAUUUGCUUCGGGUCAAUGCUUUUUGAACUUGAAAUAG